GGAGAGUUUCGGUCACGUGAGACACAAAACUGGCCAGAAUUCAAGGGAAGUCGGGAAUAAGAAUAACAAAGAGUCUUAUUGGAGAGAAGGCGGAGGGAUACGUAAGUGCAUCACGAGGGAAGAGGCUUGUUUGAACGGAAAGCGCGAGGAAAAGGCAGUCGCUCUGAGGCGAGUGAAGGGAGAAGGUGUUUAUGUUGAAGGAGCUUUAAUGAGGCCUGUUGUUGUUGUUGUAGGCUAAAGGCCUCAAUGGCAAGUGUGUCUCCACACAAGACAGGCGCCUCCCCGAAGGGCCCCAACGCCGUGGAAAGGCCCACUUAUUGGACCCCUCGCAAGAGUGGAUUAGGACCAAAACCAGGCCUUGAAAGCGCUGCGACGCCUCUCGAUUUCUCUACCUUGAAAGCAGCUGAUUUUGGCAUCACCCCGGAGUCGUUUACAAAACAAACGGAAGGACAAUCUAAGAAUGUUUUAAACAAAUUUAGACGUCGAUCAACAAUUGGAAUUCGGGGUUCACCAGAAAAUAAUUCUCUAAUCCGAUACGUUGCUUACCGACGGCGAGCAAGGAAGCAAGAUGCCUUGGCGCAGGCUAGCCCUUUUACACAUCGGAACGCUUUUCUAAAAGAUAAAAUCGCUGCCUUCCAGUUGUCUUUUAACCCACCUGAGGAAACUGUGGAAAGACAAAUCCAUGUAGCUGAAACCUCUAAAAAAAUCAAUGUAGGACAACAUGAAGAAUCAGAACAGGACCAAAACUUGCUGUCAGUGUUUGGAACACUUGCUUUUGAGGAAAAUACAGCUAUGAAAUCUUUAAAUGGAGGGAAAACUUCCCUUGGUAUACAGGAACACAAUAUUGUAUCUCCAUCAUCAAAGCCUUUCCACAAUGACACAGGUGAAACUGCAGAGGCACUCCCUGGCUUGCUAGCAAGUAGUGCAAAAUCUGGAUACACGAGUUUGAAAACUACUCCUUGUAAGGGUGUAUUGAGGACUUCAUGUGAUAAGCAGUUCUCAUAUGCCAGUGAAGAAGUAAACUGGAGUGCUACAAUUCAGAAGAGCUGUAAGAAAGUUAGAUUUGCAGAACAACAAAGUUUGCAAUUAUUUGAUGAAACCAAGCCUCCUGUCACACCUGUUCAAAGGGAUUCUUUGUCUUCCUGUUCUGCUCGUCCUGUUUUGAAGAAAAGACUAGUAGAAACUGGAGAUAAGAAAGUUGGCAUUGAACACCAUCUUGAGCCGAUUGAUGAUACAAAGGAGGAAUUUUCAGCAGACCCUGCCAAUACAACUAAUGAAAGAACUACCAGAUCAGUAGAAGAAGUAAUUAUAAAAAAUGAAGAUCUCGUCUCUGUUGAUAUUCCAUUACAUCUAAAAAGAGUUCUGCACAGUUCAUCAGUUUCAAGAGAAAGUUCUCCAAACAUGAGUCCUGACAAGAAAUCAUUUUCCCAAUCAGACCUUGAUCACAAUGAUGAACAAGAAUCAUCAAAAGGUGCUGAAUGUGCUGCAGACUAUAAUCUGGAAGAAACAAGCAAAAAUUCUCUUCAUGUCCAAGCUCCUGCACGUAGAAUAACAAGAUUGUCUGUAAUAAAUCAGCAUUGCAGCAAAGUAGAAGAAACAGAUUCUGCCCUUGCAAGCAAAGUGCCAAUCAAGAAUUCCAAAGACAAAGCCAACAAAAUUCAAAAAACUAAACCUGAAGCAAAAUCUGUUCAGAAAAAGAAACCAGCUGCUAAAUGCAAAGUUUUUGGAAAGAGGAGAAAGAAAAAAAAGAAUCAAAAAGCGUUGUAUGGACAGCGAGAAAUCGCAUCAAAGACACCUCUCUUGAGUCCAAUUCUUGAGGUGACAGAAGAAAUCUCAUUUGGGUCUUCUUAUCAGCACACCCCAGAGUCACACGUUUCAAGCUUUGAUUAUUCCAUUUUGAGCGACCUUCGUGGGGAAUCUGAGAAUGGAAGAAAUGAAAACAGUUGCAGCCUGUGGGAUAAUAAGGAAGAUGGUGACUGCUUGCAUUCUAGUCUGGAUCUUUUCAAGAAAUUGGACAUGCCAGCCUCAUUCUCGCUGCUUGCAGAUGAUUCUGCAGAUGGUUUGAAGGAUAUGCUUCCCUUAGAGUCUCCUAAACAAAAUUCUCCCAAGAAAUUGAAUACUAUCUUAAAGGAAAAGGUACAGGUGUUGAAUAGUGACUGUACCUCAGGAAAAGCCAAGAAGCAGGAGAAACAUGAGAUCCUACACUCACCAAGAGCUGAACGGACUGCACUUGUUAGUGUAGAAUCUGCAGCCCAAUUAGGGGGUGAAAGUGACAGCAUGAACCUCAACAAGUUUCCAAGGAGAAAAUCCAGAAGACAAACCUUUCAUCUUCCAAAUUGUUCUGAAACACCUGAAAACAUUCACAGUAUCCCUGAAGGCAAUGGGGAAGAGCUUUCCCUUGCACCCGCGGAUUCUGAACUCUUACAUAGCCUACAAUGCAGUAUAGAGGCCUCCUUCAGUAGUACUUCCAGAAGGGUGAGGCGCAGCAUGAGAGGGCAUAAAGAUGCAGAAAAGGAGGGACUGGCCUGGAUUGAGAUACCUGAUUCUGCCUGCAGCAUCAAGAGAAGACUGUCCUCCUGCAUUCCUCAAGAAUCGGAGCUGCUUCAUCAAAAGGAAGCAAAUGGCAUCCAGUUGCCCUUCCUAAUGAGCGAAGAGCAGGAGAAUGCUCAUGUUCCAACUGGCCCUUACAAGGUAAAGAAAAGGAAGAGCAUUGCCGUGCUAUGUGCCAAAGAAAACAACAGCCUUCAGGCCCAGAGAAUCAGAAGAGCGAGUCUUGGAUACAAAAGUGAUUACUGCUAUAGAAAGGAAAUGAGCACAUUCAUUAAAAAUCAUCCUACAAUUUAAUUUAAGACUAUUCCUGUUUGAAAGGGGAAGGUAGCCAGUUUGUUUGAGACAUAAAACCAGAAUAAUUUGGAUUUUUGAAAAAGGUUAAGAAAUUAUUAUUAAUGCUACACAGAGGAAAUGUUGACAAAAAGUACAUGUACAAAGAAUGAAAAUGCAGAAGAGAAAUAAAAGAAAUAAUGGAAGUAUAAAA